AAUAUAUAAAUAAAACUAAUAUAAUGCAUAUAACAAAACCAGUUCAGUACACCUCAAAAUCCCUCUACCAUUAAAAAGAGGGGAGACUAUAAACCGCAGAGUACCCACGAGGAGACCGGCCCAUCUAAUCUGAAUGCCGCGGCGUCGAUGCUGUUACUGUCUCGUCAUCAGUGUUAGAAAGAAUGAGCGGGUGUCAAUAAUGAACAUCGACAAGAGACUUACACGGCCUUCUAAACACUAAUGAUCUGUCUUUCUUAUCUUUCAACCGCUGUCAGACCUAAGUUGAAAUGUAUCUGUACCGUAGUACUUUGUGUCUUCUGACUGUUUUGUUCGGUUUAAUCGGUGGUGCCAAAAUUCUCAGCGUGUUUCCAAGUUGCGGAUACAGUCAGUUUAUAUUGGGCGAGAGGCUGAUACAAGAGCUCACCGCCAGGGGCCACGAAGUCACCGUCAUUAGCUUGUUUGAACCCAAGGACCCGCAGAACUACACAACGAUACAUUUGAAAGAUGUGCUGGAAACUUUUAAACAAGAACCCGCAUCUAAAGAGUUGGAGGAACCCCAUAUUAUAUCCGACAUAUUAUAUACCUUCAACUUAGGCUACCAAUUAACUGAACGAAUCCUCCAACACAAGAAAGUACAAGAUUUACUGGAGUCAGAUGCGGAAUUUGACUUGGUUUUGGUGGAACAGUUUUUCAAUGAAGCCCACAUGGGCUUCGCCAAACAUUUCGAUGCCCACUUGGUGCUUUUCAGUUCCAUCGGAUUGUCCGAGUGGAACCACCAUUUGACAGGGAACAUACACCUUCCCUCUUUAUACCCCGUUUCGUUCCUACCUUUUCAUAAUACAAUGGAUUUUUCUCAACGAAUUGAAAAUUUUAUAACGAAACUAUUUAUUCGGGGUUACCAGGAGCUCGUGGCGUAUCCUCAGCAGCAAACGUACUUAACAAAAUAUUUUCCUAAUAAAUUUGACUUAAGCAACAUCAUGUACAAUGCUAGUUUGUUGUUACUGAACUCAGAUGUCACUAUUGGAGAAGCUUAUGAUAGCAAUCAUGCCACCAUCGAUAUUGGAAGCUUCCACAUCGUCCAAAAUAAACUGCCAGACAAUUUACAAACUUUUUUAGAUGAUGCUGAGAACGGAGCAAUUUAUUUCAGCUUGGGGACGAACCUGAAGAGCUCAGACUUGAAUAAAGAGGAGAUACGCAAGAUUUUAGAAGUUUUUAGAGGAUUAAAACAACGAGUCUUGUGGAAAUUUGAAGCUCUUGGAAGUGUCGAAGUCCCAAAUAAUGUACUGGUUACCGAUUGGUUACCUCAAGUCGACAUUCUCGCUCAUCCAAAUACUGCCUUGUUCAUCACCCACGGAGGCCUCCUCAGCACCACCGAAGCAGUAUUCUUCGGUGUACCAAUGAUUGGAGUUCCAGUCUAUGGAGAUCAACGUAUGAACGUGGCCAGAUCUGUGGCUCAAGGCCACACCGUCCACAUCCCACUAAGUAAAUUUAGUGCAGAAUCUUUAAAAGCUGCCAUCAAGGAAGUUUUGGAAAACGACAAGUACAGCGAAAAUGCGUGGAAGAGAUCGAACAUGCUACGUGAAAAGCCAGUGCGACCAAUUGACAAUGCAAUGUUCUGGAUACAAUAUGUACUUAACCAUGAUGGCGCACCACAUCUAAGAAGCAGAACAAUGGACUUGUCGUGGAGGCAAAUAUACUUACUUGAUGUGGUAUUUUUAUUAACAGUCUUCAUUUGGUUUGUUAUUGUGAUUUUAUCUAUUAUUGUUUAUAAAUUGUAUAGUUAUCUAAUUGCAAAUGUUCGAUUCGAAAGUAAAACUUUCGUUCCGAAGCCUAAUUCCAAAAAGAAGCUUAAGAAAUACAAGAAGAAAUAAUUUUGUACUUAAAAUAGGUUUCAUUUUAAUUCCUCUUUGUACCCAAAGUUAAAUGAAUAAAGAGUUUGAAGUUUUGGAAGUGUA